CUAUCGCUGUGGAAGCGACCGAAGCUGUGUUGUCGGCUGCACGUUUCCGAAAUUCUAUCAGGGUUUUGUUGUUAAAGAAUUAUAUUUAAUAAUGCAAGCAACGCCCAGACGAUUGCUAUUGAGGCUAUUAGAGAAUCGGGAUCAUUUGAAGAGAAGUUUCUAUCACAAGCAAGCCCUCACAAAUGCUGCUGUUCAGAAAAAAAGGGUUGAACUUUUCAACAAGGAAGCCAAACGGCAAGCUACCUUCAUUACAGAUGUGGAGAAGAUAACAGUAAAAUACUGUGACCAGCCAGAAGAAUGCACUCUUGUUAUGAACAAGAACAUUUCAACUCCGUAUAACUGUGCCCAGCACAUUAAUCAGAAUAUACUUGAGAGAUCUGUCUUAGCUGAAAUUGAUGGACAGGUGUGGGAUAUGCACCGACCCAUUGAAGAUGACUGCACACUUCGGUUUUUGCACUUCCGACAGCAAGAUCCAUAUUACGUCAAUAAAGCAUUUUGGCGUUCUGCAUCUGUUAUGCUGGGAGCUGUGUUGGAGUCGGCAUUUAAAGACAACUUAUAUGUUGAGCUUUGUUCUUUUCCAUCUCCUAAUGUGCGAAGUGGGAGCUUUGUAUAUGAUGUUAACUUGAAGAUCCCCAGUUGGGAACCAACCAAGGAUGAGUUACGUUCUUUGUCAGCAGAAAUGGUGAAGCUUGGUAUGGCUGGUCAUCGAUUUGAGAGACUUGAAGUGGAUGCUAGUUUGGCCCUAAAAAUAUUUGCUGAUAAUCAGUAUAAGAAGCGACAAGUUCCUUUUAUUGCAGCCCAAAGUUCUUCUGGUAACAGUGUGGUCGUUUAUAAAAUGGGAAACUUUGUAGACAUAAGUUGUGGACCAAUGAUUAGCAAUACCAGCCAUCUUGGGAAAGUCUCCAUUGUUGGUGUUCAUCCAAUUCAGACUGAGGAAGGACAGCUCUUCAGAAUACAAGGUGUUGCUCUUCCCAAAGGCAUAAUGUUAAACCACUUCAGUUAUGGAUUGCUAGAGGAGCGGGCAGCACAACUUAAUUCUGGACGUUCCCAAGCAUUCCUAGCUUGGACAAGCCUCUCCCAAGUCAGCAAGCAAGGGCAUCAUAAAACACUAAAAAAGAAGAAAGUAAAACUGUUUUUUGUUACUGUAGAGUAAUCUGUAAAUAAAUGAACCAAUAACA